AUGGCAGAGCAAGCAGAACCUCGGCAUCUGGUGUCCCUGAGCCUGGAGUCCGAGGUUCAGGGACUGGUGAGCUGCUUCGGCCGGAUGGGGCGGGACCUGAGUACCCCGGGAGUCCGCACUCUGCCCAGCAGUCCAGACAGGAGCGGCUGUCAGAGUCCACCUCGGACACCCCCAUCUGGACAUGACACGCUCACGGAAGGCAAGACAAGCCUAGUGGGGGAGACUCUGGGUCUGUACGCCCUGCACCUUGGCUCCCCGGAGGGCAUCUCUCCUCCCAGGCCCGGACAGCGGGGGCAGGGCAGAGAGGCCUCAGUGGACACCCUUCCAGGGCCCUCGCUGCCCACAUGGACCUGCGCUUCUGCCAGGAGAAGAUGGCCAGCGCUGGCUUGCCUUCGAUUCUUUAAACAGGAAAUGCCGGGUUGUUCCUCGCAGGGGCUCUGCAUUGGCAGCAUCCUGUGCCCCUUCGGCUCCCGGACGAUCUGGGAAAUGGCCAGGGGUCAGCAGAGACAGCACAUCAGUGUCCUUCCUCCACGGUGGCCUUUGGGGGUGGACAUGGGAAAUGGACCACAACCUUCACGCUCCCCAGCCCCAGCUGACAACAGCCGCUCCCCUGCCGGAUCAGGGGAUGGAGGCCACGACCACUGCAGUUCUCACCUUGACUUCACCACUGGGCAGACACUGCCGGUGGCCUCCCCAGCCCCCCGGGAGGGCCCUUCACCAGCUGCUGGCUGGGACAGCGGCUAA